UCUGCAGAUCUUCUAUUACUCCGGUGGAAAGCCGUUUCCGGGCUCGGUGCCGCAGUUUAAGUCUCGUGUGGAAUGGGCCGGAGACAUGAACAAGAAGGACGUGUCGAUCCGUGUGCUCCAGAUGCAGUUCAAGGACAACGGGACGUUCAGCUGCGACGUGAAGAAUCCUCCAGACAUCUCCGGACAGGUGUCCUUCACUAAAGUCAGGGUGGUCAUGAAAGAGGCUCUUCCUCAGACCAGCGCGGCGGUGAUCGUGUGCGGCGUGAUCGGAGCCGUGAUCGGCAUCAUCAUCAUCGCUGUGGUCACCUACCUGAUCAUCAGACGACAGGAGCCCAGUCACGACUACAGAGGCUGCACCUCGUUAGAGAGUGUGAGCUCACAGAACACUAGGGUGGGGAAGAAAGCGGAGUCUAGCAACGACAACUCCCGCUGCUCCAGCCCCUCUGCCCCCAUACAGGUACGAGACUGCAGCACUAUCGCGUCACAAGAUCAUGUUAACUGGAACACUGUGGAUGAGAGUGCCUUCAUCGACUAA